UCUCAAGCAAAGGAGGCGGAAAUUAAUGUGUUUAAAGCUGUUUGUGCUCCACAGUCCACACUCACUCUAACUUCAGUGUGCAGUCUGAGUGAACUCACUUACUUUCACACUUCAUAUCAACACUGAGCUAAACGUCAGCAGUACAGCAUGAUGAACUGUGGAUUACUGACCAACAAGAACGAACCAGUUCCACUGAAGAGCAUUGAGGUGGAUCUGCAGGUUCAGGGACAUGUAGCGACAGUAACCUCCACCCUGCAGUAUGUAAAUGAGGAAAAAAAUCCACUGGAGGCCAUUUUUGUCUUCCCCAUGCCUUCUGAUGCUGCUCUUUGCCACUUCAGUGCCAAGAUUGCAGACAAAGAGAUAGUGGCCAAAGUUCAGGAGAAACAGCAGGCACGGGAGGAGUAUGACGAUGCUGUCAGUUCAGGUCAGCAGGCCUUUCUGCUGGAGGAGAGUGACGAGAGUGGAGAUGUGUUCAGGCUGAGUGUGGGAUCUCUGCCUCCAGGACAAAAGGCUGCCGUCAACUUCAUCUACGUCAUCGAGCUGUCAGUACAGGCUGAUAAUUCACUGCGUUUCUGCCUGCCUGCAGUGCUUAACCCACGAUACACACCAGCUGGUACAGGUGGUGGUAUUGUGUCAGAAAUAACAUCAACUCCAUCUGGUGGUGUUCCCUACUCUCUCUCAUUUACUGUUCAUGUGAACUCUCCAAACCCCAUCACUAAAAUAGAGUCCAAAUGUUCUCUUGAGCCACUGGAGUUCCUCAACACAGACCACACCAAAGCAAAGGUGACCCUGAGUGCAGGUCAUAAGUUUGACAGAGAUGUUGAGCUGUUUUUGCAUUACCAGAAUCCUCAUCAGCUCACUGCUAUAGGGGAAGCUGGAGCUCCAACAGCAAAGCCAGGGACUCUGAUGGGAGACCCAGUGGCCAUGCUUAGUUUUUACCCAGAGUUUCCAAAGUCAGUGAUGUCAUCCUUGGCAUCUUGUGGUGAGUUUGUCUUUGUAAUGGACCAGUCUGGCAGUAUGGCUUGCAAUAUGCAUAAUGGACCAGAUGCACGGUCUCGCAUUGUAUCUGCUAGGGACACACUGCUUCUGCUCCUGAAGAGUCUUCCCAUGAGCUGCUACUUUAACAUCUAUGGCUUUGGGUCUCACUAUGAAUCCUUUUUCCCGAAGAGUGUGGAGUACAAUCAGCAGACUAUGGAUCAGGCUCUAGAGAGGGUUAAGAAAAUAGAAGCAAACAUGGGUGGCACAGAAAUUCUGCAGCCUCUGCAACAAAUUUAUAAUCAGCCAUGCAUCGCUGACCACCCCAGACAGCUAUUUAUUUUUACUGAUGGAGAAGUAGGAAACACCAAAGAUGUUCUUAACCUUGUAAGGAAAAAUUCUGAUUUGCACAGGUGCUUCUCCUUCGGGAUUGGUGAAGGUGCAAGUACAGCACUCAUCACUGGAUUGGCUGAGAAUGCCUCCGGCUACGCCCAAUUCAUCACUGGCACUGAUCGCAUGCAGGCCAAAGUGAUGCAGUCUCUCCGCUAUGCUUUACAACCUGCUGUGGUUGAUGUAAGGGAGGUGUGGUCGGGUGUGUCCACAACCCGUCUUAGCCCUCCUAUUAAAACAAUCUUCAAUGGUCAAAGGGCACUGAUUUAUGCCCAAUUAAAAGGAGAGGAAUGUCAGAAGCCAGACGCAAAAGGAAAAAUAUCAGUGCAGUACCGCUUAGGAGCUGAAGAAGUCACUAACACUCUCGAGUUCUCACUAAAUCCUACUGAGAAUAGCGGACUGACUAUCCACAGGCUGGGGGCUCGCUCUCUGAUUCGCUCUCUAGAAAGGAAGGAACAGGAUGAAGGAGCUGAUAAAGAUGCUCUCAAAGCCCAAGUGGUGGAUCUAAGCAUCCAGUCUGGAGUAAUCAGCUCACACACUGCAUUCAUUGCUGUCAAUAAGGGGAGUGGACAGGCUGUAAAAGGACCAAUGCUGACAAGAAGAGUGCCUACAGCAAUGAGGUUUGGUAGUGUGCCAAUGCCCAAGAUGAUGCGUUGUAGGGGUGCAGCAAUGCCGAUGAUGAUGCCGUGUAGCGCACCAAUGCCCAAGAUGUGUGGUAUGGCUGCACCAAUGCUCUUGAGGGGUGGUGGUGCACCAAAGCCCAAGAUGAUGUUUGAUAUGGCCGCAGUACAACCUCAGAGUGGAUUAUUUGGGAUGUCAGAAUGUGCUGAUAGUGGCAUGGAUCCAGAAACUCCUAAGGACCCUUUGCUUCAGCUCAUCUCCCUUCAGAAGGCUUUGGGCUGCUGGGAAAUGGGUUCCACUUUGGCAGAGGUGUUUGGAAAAACAGAGGAAGAGCUGGUCAAGCAGAUUCCUGCCCAGGUGGAUCCAGGGGUCUGGGCUACACUGCUAGCUCUGAUCUGGUUACAUGGUUUUCAGAUGGAUGCACAGGUUGAGUGGCAGUUUGUGGCCAUGAAAGCAGUGGCAUGGAUCCAAACUCAGAAAGUGGUCACUCUGGCAGAGUGUGUACAGGCAGGAAAUUCUCUCCUCGGCUGUCAGGUUACAGAAGAUGCUCUUGGGAUCUGAAAAAUUGAACGAAGACGUUUACAGCAUUCAAGCAAAAGCCAGAACAUGAAUAAUUUCUCUGUUUUACAGUUUAAUGAGCAUUUAGCCUAAACCAUGAUUACAUUUAAUCAAAGGGUUCCUUACAUAUGUAGAUUAGUUUACCUUAUGCCAAUAUCUUACACUGUACUUAAGUUUGGACAUUUAAUAUUAAUGGGUUCUAAUAUUAAGUUUAAUAUUAAGCAAUGGCUGACAAAAAAGCUUUCCUGCCUUACAGUAAUACAUACAUACAAACAUCUAUGUAUGUCCAUUGUAUAGUAUUUCAUUAAAAUAUAAAGGUAAUAUGCUUUUAGCAUGGGUGUGUGCACGCUUUGCACUUGGUUUUAGACAUGUCUGAGGUUUUGCUGUGAUUAGUGGGUAACAAGCUUGAUGCAGUCAUUGCUUAGAAGGGAUUUAGUAUCAGUUGAGACUUAUGUUACCACAAGGCUUUUUUGUAUAUGUUCUAGUAGUGUUUAAUGUAAUAAACACAAAAGUGGUUAAGUUUGGACACAACCGAUCAAAUUUCAUGUGUUAUAUUUUUCUACACGAAAAUACAGGAAACGGGAAGCAAACUGCUACAGAAAACAAACUAUGUGCCUCUUUAGCAACUUACAGUUGUGACCAUAUACAAUGCAAGGAAUUGACUGUUAACAAGUUCUUGAAACUGUAAUAAAGGUUGUAGUAGUUACCCAGUGUGUUGGGUAACUAUGCUAUAAACAUUCUACAGUGCGAGUACAGUAAUAAAUACUGUAAUGUAUAUAAUUACAAAAGAAAUUGUAUACUUCUGCAAAAAUCAGGACAUUUUAAAUUGCAAUCAAUAGGAUUGCAGAGUUGCACAAGUACUACUACUAUUAUUAUAUUAAAUUUACAAUUAAUUA